ACAGCGUAGAAUCGCAUUUGCAUCCCUGAACACUAUGAAGAAAGUUGCUCUGUUUCUGUUUCUGACUGGACUUUUGGGCCGUGCACAAGGCUGGCAGAACAACUAUGACGGGCCUCUAAACUUUAACUGUCCUGCAGGGCAGUCAAUAUCCUCCAUUACGAGUGAAAACAGCAAUCACCAUGAGGACCGGCGUUGGGACUUUGGCUGCCAAGCCACCUUUGGCCAGAGCGCAGAAUGUUACUGGACAAAUUACGUCAACGACUUCGACCAAGCGCUCCUGUUUGAGUGUCCAGCAGAACAUGUGAUGGCAGGAAUGAGCAGCUACCACAACGACUACUUUGAGGACAGACGCUGGCGGUUUUACUGCUGUAGAAGUCCAUGUGUUACUAAAAACUGUCAUUGGACCUCGUAUGUGAACUCCUUUGAUGAGUACUUCACCUGGACUGCGCCUUCCAGCAACGUUCUGGUGGGAGCUCAGAGCUACCAUCAAAAUCAUGAAGAAGAUCGACGAUGGAGGUAUAAGGUCUGUGUCCAGUACAGAUGUUGAUUCUGAGAUUCAAUAUUCUCUCGCAGUUCAUGAUGAAUAUUCUCUCUUGAUCCUCUGAAAUAGACGCAAGUUGAA